AUGUCCUAUGGCAAAUCGCUCAACCUGAGCCAGAAUACAUUCACUGCGCCUCCGGAGGCUGAGGUUCAUGCGCCGGAAAGCGAGUAUUCUUACAGACAGACCCGACGCACCACUAAUGUUUACGAUGCCGUUGCUGGCCGAGUCAACCGCAAAGGACAUCAUCCAGCAGAGCGCUUCGCCUCUCGCUACCGCGACACUGCCUCGUCUGGAGCCCGAACUCUCCGACCAGAGGAGGUUCUGUUUCGGACACAGAACACCGUGACGGAUCCCUUGGAAGAAGAGAACUAUUUCGCAAACGAGAAUAUACGAUCCGAUACCGCACUUCCGAGCUCCGAGAUACUCGAGGCCAUCCACGCUUACGCUGCUGAUUUUUAUGAAUUCGCAACGGAGGAUCAUGGCCUUCACGAUCACCACAGUAUGGAUGAGACGGCCCUGAUCGCAAUGGGAAUCUUAGUGGAGGAGAUGGCCAAGGAGGCAUUGGGGGAAACGGGAGACCUGGUGCUCGUGGAAGGCGAAGAGGUGGCCAACGAGAAGGACGAGACGGGUGCGGAAACCGACAACACCAACGCCUCCCAGUCUCGAGGACGUGUCCGGAGGAGGAAGAGAGCGCGUACCGGUGCCAAUAACAUGGCUAGCUCGCAAGAGAAUCUCAAGGGUGUGCGGCAAAAGUUCAAGCGGCGGAAAUUGAAACGUGCCGCUUCCGACGCGGACAAGGAGCUUGAUGAACGAUGA